AACUACUACAAUCUGCCAUUCCCGAUCCAAGCCGCGGGGCUACAGUAAUUCCCCGUUCCAGACAAUCUACCAUCAUAGUUUAGCUAGAGCUCACCUCAGCUCUCUAGCUGUGCUGUUGGGUCCCUUUUUUAUUUUGCCUGCGGAGCCGAUUCCGCUUCUCUCCUCCUCCUUCACUUCCCUCGGCUUACUAUAUAAAGUCUCCCAUGACCUCCCGUGUGCUUCGGCCUCUGGCUCUCAACUCCAAGCAAAUUGCCCCGCGCCCGUCAAUUCAGUACCCCGCCGCCCUCAGAUUCCUUUCCUCAGCAUCCGUCAAAAUGGCAGACCGCGUCCACCGAAUCACCAUGUUCAAGCUCCCCAGCGAGGAGAGCCAGAAGAAGCUCAUCGAGGAGUACAAGACGCUCAAGGAGAACAACAGAAAGGACGGCCAACCUUACAUCCUCUCCAUAGCCGCUGGCCCCGCCGAGCCCGACCAGCGUUCUCAGGGCUUCACCUUCGUCUCAAAGUCCGAGUUCGCCAGCCUCGAGGACAUGAAGUACUACGACGAGGAGUGUGUCGCCCACCAGGCCCUCAAGAAGGUCGCCAUGACUCUCGGUGUCGAGGGCAUCAUGACCGUCUACUUCAAACCCCAGGUCGUCGGAGGUGUUGCGCCCUGAAAACCCCGUUUCCUCUCUGAUCUGAUGGAGCCGGGACAAAAUGUUCAAAUGCAAGUAAGCGCUUGCAUUGAGAUGAAAAUAGACGCCCGCCUUUAGAAGAAGAAAAAAGAAAUAAAGUAAACUCAGCACCAAAAGAAACUUUACUGUGACGGAAUAAGCAUGACUCCAUAGUGAUUAGAAUGGCUGUCAUACUAAUCAAUCAGGGAGUUGUUGCAUGUGCC